CCGCCGCGCGCGCCAUCCGCCGUGAGGUGGCCGGCCGUGCGGCCGCCGCGUGGACCCCGAUGCAUCUGCCGCAAGAGCUGCGACACGUCGGCUACCAGGAGCGCUACCGGGAGCCGGCCAUGAACGGCGCGCCCGAGAUGUACCUGACGGAGCGCACCUACAACCAGGUGGCCACCGAGCACGGCCACGAGCUGGUGCGCACCGGCUCGCCGUGCUUCGUCUGCACGUGCUUGCCCUCCCACUGGCGCUCCAACAAGACGCUACCUGUGGCCUUCAAGGUGAUCGCGCUGGGCGAGGUGGCCGACGGCACGGCCGUCACCCUGCGCGUCGGCAACGACGAGAACCCAUCCGGCGAGCUGCGCAACAACAUGGCCUUCAUCAAGAACCAGGUGGCCAAGUUCAACGAUCUCCGCUUCGUCGGGCGCAGCGGGUAG